UGUAUGGUGUCAGCGACUAGGUUCGAAGGGCCUUCUCGAUCGGCUGCGUGUGCGUCGGUGAAGCCACUGGCGUAAGCGCACCCCGCCCUAAACCGGGUGCGAGCGUCCUUGCAGUGCAUAUCUUCCGAGUUCCUCUUUCUACUGUGUAUUUUAAGAACACACGCUGGCGUAAUCUUCUUCCAAGCGCAAAACGCGAGCUCGGGUUACAAUAACCGCCCAAUUUCGUGCUUGGCCUUUAACCCCACUUUAACCCAGAAGUUGCUAUAAAGACGCGCCGGCCACAUACAUUCUAUCAUCGUCUUCAGUCCAAGUACUCGUGAAGCACACUUGUUGCUUAACCUGCAUAACUACCACGUACCAGCGACGCCCGGUAGUGUCUUACUCAAAUCGAUCUGCAACAACACACAAGCUUCGAGCUGCAUACAGUGAUGUCCAUGCGUCGUCCGAUUGUGGCGGCCCUUGUGGCCCUCGCCGCCCUCGCUGGCUCGGCAAAUGCCCUGAGCGCUCUGGAGACUGCGGUUCUCAACUUUGCGCUCAACCUGGAGUACCUGGAGGCCAACUUCUACUCGUGCGCUGCCUACGGCAAGCCCAUCGCCCAAGCCUACUGGGGUGCUAACGGCCAGAGGCCUCUGGGCUGUGAGAAGGCCAAGCUCUCCACCACCUACUUCCAGCUGGCUGACGAGAUUGCUCAGGACGAGAUUGCCCACGUGCGCGUGCUGCGCUCCGUGCUGGGUGAUGCCGCCGUGGACCAGCCCCUGAUGGACAUUGGCAACGCCUUCGCCGUCGCCGCCAACGCCGCCGCUAGCCUUGCCUUCAACACCAGCAUCACGCUGGAGCCCGCCUUCUCGCCCUACUCCUCCGACAUUACCUUCCUGCACGGCGCGUUCAUCUUCGAGGACGUCGGCGCCACCGCCUACGCCGGCGCCGCCGCCUUCCUGGGCAACUCCACCUACCUGACCGCCGCCGCCCAGAUCCUGGCUGUGGAGUCCUACCACGCCGGUGCCGUCCGCGCCCUGCUCAUCAAGCAGCAGAACUCCGUGGCCCCCUUCAAGAAGCCCAGCAACGACCUGCGCGUGCGCACCAUCAUCCAGGCCAUCUCCGACCUGCGCGAUGCCGUGGACGGCGACAGCGACGACGACCAGCCCAUCAUGGUCCUGCAGGGCCGCCAGAAGUGGCGCAGCAACCACGUGCCCGCCGACUCCAACGGCCUCAUCUACACCCGCAGCACCAGCCAGGUGCUCAAGAUUGUGUACCUGGGCGGCACCACCAAGGGCGGCUUCUUCCCCAACGGCCUCAACGGGGACAUCAAGAGCGCUUAAAGCGAUUGCCUUGCGGCAUAGCGAGUAGCGCAGCGUGAGACGUGUUAGCUAUGUACAUUUGUGCUGAAUGUAUAGAAAGGGAGCGACCUUAAAAGAGAGGCCUGCAGUUUUGGGUUCGGGCACGUGAUCACUGUGUGAUCAUUUUGUGGAUGCUGACGUUUUGAAUGGUUGAGACCUGACGACUAUUGAGGGGCUGGGGCUGUCGCUCAGGACACCCAGCCCGGCUGCUGUUGCCUGUGCCGAACUGCAUCCCUCGGCAUGCGUGGGGGGUGUAGCAAUGCGUGGCCAGCGGUGGGGAGUGUUACUACAGCUGUAACUGUCGGCUGUGCGUGCACGCGGGGUUGUGUGGGCUUCCUCCCAUGUAAAUAGCCUGUACCUUGUUACCUGAGCCACUACCUUACCUCUUCCUCUCGGCAUUUGGUUUGUUGGGCUUCGCGCUGGGUUGCGCUGGUUUUGGUGCGGUCACUGGUGUUCGACGCUGAAACGUUCCAGUUUGACACCGCAUAUGCCUGGGGCUGUAGGAAGUACGGAGGUGUUCAACGCGCAUACACAUGCUUCGACACCUGAUCAUUACUGCAUCGUUAAGCACCGAUGGGUCUUUGUGCGUGUAAGAACACUUCUUC